AUGGCAACCGCAAUCCAAGAUGACUUCAACCUGAUCGAGGACAACAACCCAACCAAAAUCUACGACCAGUUCAACCACCUCCGCGCAACAUGUCCAGUCGCACACACCUCUCAAAUGGGCAGCUUUUGGAUGCUUACCCGCUACGAGGAUAUAAAGCGCGCUGCCGCAGACACAGAGACUUUCAUCUCAUCCGUGAAAGCCGUGAUACCAAGCGACCCACGAGGCGUCCGCCGCGCACCCUUGAACACAGAUCCACCAGCCCACACACCCUAUCGCACAGCCUUAGAUCGCACUCUCAAAGCAGCGCGGCUGAAGAGACUGGCGCCGAUCCUGGAACAACAUGCUGAAAGGGUAUUUGAUGCUGUGCUGCAGUCUGGUCGCGUCAGAGGAGACGAUUACCCCGAUCAUGACGGUCACACUAGCCAUAUAGAUAUAUCUGCUCAAUUUGGCGCCUCCUUUGCGGCGUGGGUCGAAGUGUCCUGGCUGAAUCUCGAGGAGGAUAUCGCGCCUGUUUUGGCGAGCACGGCGGCCAAGUGGGUGAAUGCGUGGCGGCAGCAGAAUGCCGCAGAGACAAGUGCCCAGUCUGCGCGACUGUAUGAGCUUGCCAGGGCACUUUUUGCAGAUCGCAGGGCUGCGCCGCGAGAUCCAGAGAGUGAUCCUGCCUCCUCGUUAUUGCAGGAGGUUGGGCCGGAUGGACAGCCUCUAGACGAGGAACUCUUGGUUGGAGCUCUCCGACAAUCUCUCGUGGUCGGCAUGGUCGCGCCUCCGAUUUUAUUAGGCGAUAUCUGCGCACACCUUUCCCGCGAUCGAGACCUACAAGCCAAACUGCGAGCAGAUGAAACACUUAUCCCAGCGGCAAUAGAAGAGUUUGUACGUUUGUACGUACCAUAUCGUGGAUUCUGUCGUACACCGACACGCCCAGUCGAGCUUCAUGGUCGGACGAUCCCAGCUGGCCAGCCUAUUUCGAUGACAUAUGCAGCAGCGAAUCGGGACCCAACCGUUUUUGAGGACCCGAAUACCUUCAUUCUCAACAGAGAGAAUAUAAGUUCCCAUUUAGGGUUUGGCAGAGGAAGACAUCGUUGUGCAGGCAUGCCGUUGGCUAGAAUAGCACUUCAGAUAGCGCUUCGAGUGAUACUGCGACGAACGACGGACUUCGAGGUCAACGGACCUCUUCAAUACGCUGAUGCCCGCAACGUCCUGAUGGGAGGAGACAUCUACUCCUUCACCGAUCAGUGGCACACAACUCCCCAGUAUAGCGCCGGCUUCGACCUGCACGACUAUAAACCCGGUAAUUUCCUGGCUCCAAUUGCCCCCGACUUCGGCCCCGGUAGCAAAAAUCCGGGGUACGAAAUGACCAAGAAAGAGCACGGCAAGUGGACUUACACAACCUACUUCCCGUCCGGCACAUUCACGUACAACUUCAUGCCCGACUGCGACUUUGCCUCCAACUGCAGCGCCGCCGGCCAGGUGGUUACCGAUCCGGACAAUCCGCCAAUACAGAACUAUCCCGGCCAGCAGAACUACUCCAUGUUCCAGGUGCCCUUUGACUCCCGCCAUCAGAGCUACGCAGCUCUGGACCUCGACUUCUCCUAUCAGCUACCCAUCCCCUCCAGAUCCCGUACCGGUACCAUCUCUUUCAUAAACUACACCUCCCCGGGGUCAACUGUGCCCGCCCCAGACAUCGGCGACUACGCCAUCUAUCUGCCCGCAGAAUACGGCCAUAUCCGCGGCAAGAAAUAUCCCCUCUUCUAUCUCUGCCACGGCGGCGGCGGCAACGGUGGCGACUGGCCGAACCGAGCGCGGGUGCAGCACAUCUUUGACCGUCUCAUCGCAGAGGGACACAUGCCCCCCACAGUGGUGGUGAUGCCCUCGUGGAACGCGUACAUAGGCGUCAGCUUUGCAUCCAUCAGGGAGAACUUCAUGGAAUACCUGUUCCCGCACAUCGAGCAAACCUGGGAAGUCACCACGGACCCAGACCAGAGGGCCUUCUCGGGCCUAUCUCUGGGUGGUGCGCUGACCUACGAGAUGUAUGUCAAUGCGACCAGCUACUUUGGCUACUUCGGGGUCAUGUCAGGGGCGCUGCUGCCUGGGGCGCCGCAGAGCGCUUACGUCAAUGCGACGAUGUUGAAGGCGAAUCCGGCGCUGGGAGAUCGGGGAGUUUAUGUUGGGUUUGGGUUGUAUGAUAUUGCGUUCGAUGACUGUAGGAAGUUGCAGUAUGCGCUUGACGCGCUGCAGAUACCCUAUGUUACAAGGGUGGCGCCGUGGGGGGCGCACUAUUUUAAUACUUGGCAGGAUGCGCUGUGGAACUUUGGAAGGAUUGUGCUGUGGAAGGAGAGACCUCUCACAGUCGAGGCUGGCCAUGGGGUGGCGUAG